AUCAGUGGCUUCUUCGUCACCUCCAACAUGAUCAUAUCACUCUACACUCUUUCCCUCAUGAGCCUGGACCGCUACCUACUGCUCACCAGGACUCAUUACCGCACCCUCGUUACCUCCCGCCGCGUCACCGCCGCCCUUGUCGUGUCCUGGUGUUGUGGCCUCAUCGUACCCUCACUUCACUUCGUCUACCGACCACAGAAACAAGACGACAUCUGCAUCAACUACGACACGUCGCCGCUGGACGUCCACAUAAUAAACAUCGAGAGCAAGAUAGCGACAGCGGAUUACAAGGUGUACUUAAAAUACGCUGUACCCCUGAGUGUGACGCUGGUGGUGGUGGGGUUCCCCAUCAUCACCCUCCUAGUUUUCUCCUUCAGGACACUCCGUAAGUACAACUCGUACACGCGGGGACCCUCAGUCCGUCAGGUUAAGUCUGCCCUUCAGCUGACUCACAACUGCUCCCUCUCACGCCAGGCAAGUUCCACCAGCCUGGCCGCCAUGGUCAACCUCAUAGCCACGCCCACGCCCAGCCACGCCCAUCCUCACAUCACCAGGGGUAGGGCGGACGCCCACACUUCCACUCCGCCUCCCUAUAAACUCAAAUUUACUUUUAAAAAGAAAACGAAGGAUGAGGACAGGAGUUACGACCCCAAGAUGUCGACGUCCUUGAUGCAGCACCCAGGUGUGGGUGACGUUGAUGGUGACGACUACACACCAUCACUUGCAGGGAGGGAUGUGGUGAGGACAUCGAGUGGGUCAGUAGUGGAGGCCGCGUCUGUAGGAAGAGAAGGAGGAGCGUCAGACAGGACUUACAGAGAGUCAGUGUUGGGGGCGCUGGGUAUGCGACGUCUCCUGCCCUCACACUCACACCACGUCGCUGCCACCAUACGCCGCCUCAGAGGGACGGUGAUUGGGGGUACCGGAGAGCGAGUGAGAGAGAGAGACCGAGAGAUCACGUGUACUGUGCUAGUUAACGUGGCCGUGUUUGUGUUCGCCUGCUUCCCUCUCCUGGCUGUUGGUGGCUGGAUGAUGUUCUUAUACUUCACUCAACAGGACACCAUCAACAACCCGGCGCCUCUAAAACAACUGCUGUUCGUGGCGCCGUGGUUUACUCUCAACAGCCUGUGGAAUGCUGUACUUCACCUCUCUUACAACCACAAAUUCCGCUCUGCUGCCAGACACAUGAUCUGGUCCAACUGGAGGAAGCUCUUCGGUCUUCUGCAGACACGGCAGGUCCCAGGAGUGAUAUGUCGCAGAAGUAACAGUAAACAGCAAGGAAAUUCAGGAAUAACACCACGAGAGUAGGACAUGAAAAUUAACAGUUUAGUGCUGUAUUCUGGUGAGUAAAUAUCAAAUUUUUGCUUAUUAACUAAAGAGAGAGCCUUAAACGGUAGGUCUAACGCUGUAACUGUGUGUGUGUGAGGCUUAAAAUUUACAUGAACAAGUAUACCUGUACUCUAUGUUAGUAAUAUAAUGUUUAGGAAUAAAGAUGGUGAGACUACCUGAGUGACUAGUCAUAUUGUGCUUUUACGCCUCUUAUUGUAUUGUACAUUAUUUUGUUAAAUAUGUCCACCUUUACUGGUGAGAAAAACGAUAAUUACAAAGGUAUUUACUGGACAUAUGAACUGAUUGUGUAGUCUAGUCUAUAAAUGAUACCGCGAUAACACAUCUUGAGUAUUUUCUGGUGUUAUCUUUGUGUAUUAAGGAAGAUAUCCCCCUGUACAAUAAGGAUCGGUUGCAGCAUUGUUGUUCUGGCAGUGUCAAAGAAAAGAUGUUACAAUAAAGUAGUGUUAGAGACCUGCUGAAAUACUACUGUAGUUUAUAUGGGGAAUAUUAUGUGGGAGUAAACGCUUUCUACCUUAAUAACAACUAACU